AUGUUACUUUUAUUCUUCUUCCUCUUCGUGGAUUCGAAUGGAUUAUACAACGAAGUUACACAAAACGAUUUUUUUAUGAAUUAUUUGUCAAAGGGAUAUGUAGAUAAAAUUAAGCUUAUCAAUAAGGAUUACGUAAAGGCCUACCUAAACGUUCAUGGCAUGACUAAGUAUCACCAAAAGUAUGUAAGUUUUCGGAUAGGAAACAGUGAUGCGUUUGAGCGUAAGGUGGAGCUUAUCCAAAGAGAUAUGAACAUACAAAGAGACCAGAUAAUAGAAGUACAAUACACAAAUGAAACGAAUGUAUUGGAUGAAGUAAAGAGUUACGUACCUACCAUCUUGUUCUUCUUACUGUUCGCUUUUAUAUUCCAAAAAAUAACUCUAAAAAAUGUAGCUAGUAGUGGUAUGGAUAGGUUAUUCAAAAUGAACAGAAUGAAUCCAAUAAAUAAACAACAAUUAAAAACAGAUGUUAGAUUCUCAAGCGUUGCUGGGAUGAAACAAGCCAAAGAGGAAAUUAUGGAAUUUGUAGAUUUUUUGAGAAGUCCAUCUAAGUAUGAAGCGUUAGGAGCUAAGAUGCCUAAGGGAGCUCUUCUAUGUGGUGCCCCUGGGACAGGAAAAACGUUACUAGCUAAAGCUGUAGCAGGAGAAGCUAAUGUACCUUUUUUUAACAUAAGUGGUAGUGACUUUAUCGAAGUUUUCGUUGGCAUUGGUCCCUCUAGAGUCAGAGAAUUAUUUGCUCAAGCAAGAAAACAUGCACCAUCAAUCAUAUUUAUUGACGAAAUAGAUGCAGUAGGUAGAAAGAGAUCUAAAGGUGGGUUCGCAGGAGGAGGAAAUGAUGAAAGAGAAAAUACAUUAAAUCAAAUGCUAGUAGAAAUGGAUGGGUUUCAUACAUCUAAUGAUAAUGUGGUAGUUUUGGCAGGAACUAAUCGAGUUGAUAUUCUAGACCCAGCCAUUACAAGACCGGGUAGAUUUGAUCGAAUUGUUAAUAUAAGUAAGCCGGAUAUUAAUGAAAGGUCUGAAAUUUUUCAAGUUCAUUUGAAGAACCUAAAAUUACAUCACACUUUGGAUAUACAAAGCAUUAGCUACCUUUUAGCUUCUCUAACUCCAGGGUUUGUAGGUGCAGAUAUUGCAAAUGUGGUGAAUGAAGGAGCCAUUCAAUGUGCUAGGAGAUCGAACAUGGUUGGGGUUCAGGUGAAAGACUUCGAAUUAGCUAUCGAAAGAGUAAUUGGUGGAUUACCCAAAUCGUCUUCUCUUAUCUCCCCAUUGGAAAAAAAAAUUAUUUCCUAUCACGAAACAGGACAUGCUCUCAUCGGAUGGCUACUCGAGUAUGCUGACCCCGUUCUGAAGGUAUCCAUUUUACCAAGAAGUAAUGGAGCCCUGGGUUACUCACAACAUUUGUCAGAAGAAAUUAUGCUUUUUUCGAGAGAUGCCAUUUUGGAUAAAGUAGCUGUGAUUUUAGGAGGAAGGGCAGCUGAAGAAUUAUUUAUCGGAAAAAUCACCACAGGUGCUAUUGACGAUUUAAAUAAAGUCACUCAGCUAUCCUAUUCCUACGUCUCUCAAUACGGAAUGAACAAAGAAAUCGGACUAGUAUCGUUUCAGCCGAACUCCUCAAGUGAGUACAGCUUUUACAGACCCCACUCUGAGUGCCUAGCGCAUCUCAUAGACAACGAGGUGCGCAGUCUCAUUGAGACUCAGUACAACCGG